AUGGUUUGGGCUGCGUUUUCGCACUACGGAAAAUUUGAGGUGGUUGUGACAUGCGGACGACAGAACGCUAAAAAGUAUUGCAAGACUAUGAAAGACCAUUUACUUCCCUUCGCCACACUUACACAUGGCGAAAACUGGAUAUAUCAGCAAGACAAUGCUUCCAUACAUAGAGCACAUGAGACCAGAACGUGGUUCAAGGACCAUGGAGUGGAUGUUCUCGACUGGCCAGCCCGAUCUCCGGAUCUGAACCCCAUAGAGAACCUAUGGGCAAUUAUGGGAAGGACCGUAUACGCGUGCGCACGCCAAUUUUCGUCCACCAAAGAUCUUACUAGUUGCAUCAUGAAAUGCUGGGAGAAAAUUGAGGACGAAGUGCUGCAUAACUUGGUAGCGUCAAUGCCAAGGCGUUGUGCUGCUGUCAUGGCAAAACACGGUUCGAAAACAAAGUACUAG